UAUUAGUGCCCAGGACCAGAGCAGAAUUCUUACACUCUGAUGCGAGAAGUACUCUAUCCAGAGUCAACCCACGCAAGGCUGCAGGACCUGACAACAUACCUGGCCGUGUGCUGAGAGAAUGCACUGACCACCUGGCUGGUGUCCUCACAGAUAUUUUCACAUCAACCACCAUCAUCCCAGUACUGAAGAAGCCAUCAGUGACAAGCCUGAAUGACUACUGCCCAGUAGCACUCAUGUCGAUCAUCAUGAAGUGCUUGGAAAGGCUGGUCAUGUCACACAUAAAGACCAACCUUCCUACCUCUCUAGACCCUCUCCGAUCUGCAUACCGGUCCAACGGGUCUACUGAGGACACCAUAGCCUCUGCCCGUCACCUUUACCUGACACAUUUGGAUAAGAGAGUCACAUAUGUCAGAAUGUUAUUCAUAGACUUCAGCUCUACCUUCAAUAUGUCCCUCAAAAACUGAUUGUGGAACUGAGGGGGUUAAGCUUGAACACCACUCUCUGCAGCUGGAUCUUGGAUUUCCUGACAGAGAGGCGCCAGUCAGUACGUAUGGGCUGCAACACGUCCAACACCAUCACGCUGAGCACUGGAGCUCUGCAAGGCUGCUUAGUCCUCUGCUCUUCACCUUGCUGAUCCAGGCCUGCACAGCCACGCAUAACACCAACCACAUCAUCAAGUUUGCGGAGGAUAUGGCUGUGGUGGGACUAAUAAGCAGAGAUGAUGAAUCGGCUUGCAGAGAAGAGGUGGAAAGGCUGUCCACACAGUGCAGAGACAACAAUGUAUCUCUCAGCGUUGACAAGGCAAAGGAGAUAACUGUGGACUUCAGAAGGACACGUCCUGCCCACACCCCACUCAGCAACAACGGCACUGCUGUAGAGAUUGUAAGGAGCACCAAGUUCCUCAGUGUGGACAUAACUGAGGAACUUACAUGGACAAAAAACACCACCUCCUUAUUGAAGAAAGCCCAGCAGAGACUAUACUUCCUGAGGCGGCUGAAAGAAGCCAACCUUCCCCCUCCCAUCCUCACCAUGUUCUACAGAGGCACCAUCGGGAGUGUUCUGACUAACUGCAUCACCAUCUGCUAUGGCAGCAGUAACAAAUCUGACCACAAGGGCCUGCAGAGAGUAGUGAAGACAGCAGAGAAUAUUAUGGGAUGCCUCUCCCUUCCCUACAAGCCACUUUUUGCAAACUCAGUGUCCACAAGGUCUGCAGCAUUGUGCAGGACCCAUCACAUCCCUCACAUGGUCAUCUCACACUCUAGCCAUCUGAGAGAAGAUACUGCAGCAUCAGAGCCGGGUCUGCCAGGCUGCGUGGCAGUUUUUACCCCCAGGCUGUCAGGCUCCUCAACACCAUGCUGCCCCACCAGGAUCCCUCAUUCUGCCUCAUCACUGCCUCAACCCCCCCUUAACCCACAACUAAAAGCCACAGACUGACCCUUAAGCGCUGCACUGCACUUAACACUUUGUCACUCUGACAUGGGGGCGAUAAGAAGAAUCCCCAUUAUUCUCUGUCUGCUCCAUUAUUCUGCUUCUGUUCCUAUUUUCAGCUGUUAGAAAUUUUAAACGUCUUACUGUUAUCACUACUAUUAUCAUACACUGUUUUACACUGUGAACUCACGCUGUUACAAUGUACAUGAUGGUGAAUUCAGGUCUUACUGUUAUCACUACUAUUAUCAUACAUUGUUUUACACUGUGAACUCACGCUGUUACAAUGUACAUGAUGGUGAAUUCAGGUCUUACUGCUAUCACUACUAUUAUCAUACACUGUUUUACACUGUGAACUCACGCUGUUACAAUGUACAUGAUGGUGAAUUCAGGUCUUACUGCUAUCACUACUAUUAUCAUACACUGUUUUACACUGUGAACUCACGCUGUUACAAUGUACAUGAUGGUGAAUUCAGGUCUUACUG